GAAGAUAUAUCUAUAAUAAUAUCAUGUUGCAAAAUUCUACCAAAGUUGGCCCCAUUGAUAGCUACGCAAUAAAUUUUGAAAGCUUUGUAAGAGCUAUUCAUUGUUUUGGCGUUCAAGAGCAUUUUCUAUUUUCUCAUAAAAUGUUUGCACAUUUUAUCGAGAUAUUGUUAAAGAUUGACAUUUCAUAGAAAAGACUUUUAUUUAGGAUAUCUUUAAUAAUGUUUAUUUAUAUUUCCUCUUUCACUGUAUAUUAUUAUUAAUUAUUCAUUAUGCUAUAACCUACUUAUAAAGUUUUAGCCGUCGUGUGAUCAAAUAGCGGAAAUGUGCAUUUAUGAGUGCUUACAGCGUACUAAAAAUUAGUUUGGCGAACAUAUCAUAUUUGAUAAAUGAGAUUAGUAAUGCAUAAAUUAAUGCAUAUAUUCAAAUAUCAAAAGCUUUUAAGUUCAAAAAAUCUAUGCACAGUAGAAGUAAAAGUGAAUAACAACAGAAUAAUUCUCAAUCAAAACAAGUUUUGUCAUGAAAUUUAUUUUUUUGUCUUAACUCAAACGAAUUUUAUUAUCAACGUUCGUUUUAUUUUCAAUUUUUUAUUCUUUCUGUUGCUGGAGCUGUUAUUAUUUCUUGUCUCUUUUAAUUAGGAAGAAGAUCAUUCUUCUUCUUCCUUAUAGUUAUUUAUAAUUAAUAUCGUAAAAGUCUUUAGGACUUAUUUAAUUAAUCGAGUGAAUAAUUGCACGUUGCUCGCGCGUGAAACAAUUGAUUUCUUUGAAUAUUGCUCCGUAUACCGAUAUGAAUAGAUGCUGACAAAGUAAUGCCGUCUGAGAAACUUCAUGGAAUAAAAUUUUACGGAACUUACGCAGCAUCCCGUGUGGAGAGGCGAACGGAAUACGGUAACGCAAAGUACCCGCUGCGGAAAACUUUUCUAGCAAAACGCCAUUGGCUAAACCGAUAAACAUCAGAAAGCUUUAGUCAUGUUGAAAAAUGCGCCGCACCGAGGCUUCGGUCGAGUAUAGUGAGAAAAAUCCCGUAAAAGUGACGCUUGCGAUAGCAUCCCGUCUCGGCGCGCGAGAGCUUCCGUACUUUGUUCGAGUAUUUCCAGGCAUUGCUUGUCAUACAUUUAUAUCGGCUCUCAACGACAAAAGUGAGAACGCUUAUCCUUCGAUUUGAUGAUACGAAGAAGUAUUGCAAACGAGAUUCGUGAAUGGAUCAGAGCAGUCAUCCUUAUGCGUUCCGUCAAAGAACUUCGUAAAUCAUAUUGAUAUCAAUCCACCCUUAGGCAACAAAUCGUCUCUUCGUUAAAAGAGACGUGAAAAUAUGCUAUCAAGCCAUAACUCCUGUAGGAUGCUACUUAUCAGACAUUUAUUAUAAUGCGAACGAAUUUGAGAUUUAUCCUGAAUUUAUAUAGUCAAGCUUUGAUAAAUUUAUCCUGUAUUAAUUCUUUUUAAUUUAAAUGUCUUUCUGCAUUAGUAGUGAUAAGUAACCACUAGUGAUGUAAUUUUUUUACAGAAUUAUCUUUUACAAAAUAUAUAUUUUGGAAGUGACAGUAUUAAUUUCAAAGCUAAGAAGUUGUCAAGGAGGAAAAGAAAUAAAGAAGUCGUGAAGAAUCCUUUCGUUUUCCGUUCAUUUGGUGGUUCAGUUUGUCACUUUUGUUCCUGUUUUUAUCUCUCAAUUAAUUUCCACGUUUGACGGCGAGAAAAUAAAUCGAUUGCUGACGCAAGGAUACGCUACAGUAUAUCAACAAGUAGAUAAUCGCGAGAUAUCGAAUGAUCUUGUUGUUAAAUCGGAUUGAUGAGGGAGUUUCCACACGAAGGAAACGAGGAUCCGGCCUGGAACAUUAUGAAGCGAAGAGUCCUGCUCGCUCUUGCUAAUCUCAUCACUUCUUAUGCUUCCUUUCUAACGGCUGCGGGAGUGAGGACUUCCGCCAGGCAACGGACGCAAAGUAACAAUCAUAGUAACAUUAGCGACCUGCUGGACAAUCUGCUUCGCGGUUACGAUAACAGUAUCAGGCCGGAUUUCGGUGGACCUCCGGCUACAGUUGAGGUUGAUAUCAUGGUACGCAGCAUGGGUCCCAUUUCCGAGGUGGACAUGACGUAUUCGAUGGACUGUUACUUCCGGCAAUCGUGGGUCGAUAGGCGUUUAGCGUUUAAAGGUGGUGGUAAAGAAACACUGGCAUUGAGCAUUUCUAUGUUGGCGAGAAUUUGGAAACCCGACACGUACUUCUACAACGGCAAGCACAGUUACUUACACACGAUUACUAGUCCGAAUAAGUUUGUCAGACUUUAUCAGGACGGAAGAGUACUUUACAGUUCAAGACUUACGAUCAAAGCGGGCUGUCCAAUGAAUCUCGAGGACUUUCCGAUGGAUACACAGAGAUGUCCAUUACAAUUCGGCAGCUUUAGUUACACGACACGCGACGUAAUCUACAAGUGGAACAGUGCGAGACAGGUCGCUAUAGCAGAGGACAUGAAACUGUCGCAAUUUGAUCUGGUCGCCAAUCCCACCGCGAAUCACUCGACUGCACCGGGAUUCUCACAUGCGAACUACUCGAUACUCCACGUGUACUUCCACUUGCAAAGGCACAUGGGCAACUUCCUAAUACAGGUAUAUGGUCCUUGCGUUCUGCUGGUCGUCUUGUCUUGGGUCUCCUUCUGGUUAAACAGAGAAGCCACCGCUGAUCGAGUGUCACUAGGCAUAACUACCGUGCUGACGAUGACAUUCUUAGGACUGGAAGCUAGAACCGACCUGCCGAAAGUUCCCUAUCCGACUGCUCUGGAUUUUUUCGUCUUUCUCUCAUUUGCUUUCAUUUUCGCCACUAUAAUACAAUUUGCGGUGGUACAUUACUUCACCAAGUACGGCUCGGGCGAGUGUUACUUCAUCUCUGAUCUGAGCGAUACUGAAAGCUCGAGCGAAGAAGAAGACGUAGCCAGAAGGCUGGUGAAAAGUCAACCGACUCGUCGGAAGGGUUCCACAAGUUCUCGAGGACGCGACCGCAGUUUCGCAGUGAACGACGAUGGUAUGAUAGAAGUGAUACCAUUGUCGGCCGUUUCGAUACCUGACAAGGAUCCUGCUGUAACUGGCCACUGGCAAAUAUCUUGCGUUACCUGCAGUCCAUCACCCCGACAUACGCCACCACCGCUGCCGUCUCUGCCGUCUCGACGAGCAACAUCGUCCACGUCUAGGAGACGACAUCGAAGAACGCCCCGAUACAAUUCGGUAUCGAAGAUCGACCGCGCGAGCCGUGUGGUGUUUCCUGUCUUCUUCCUGGCCAUCAAUCUCUUCUACUGGUACGCGUAUCUCUCGCGUAGCGAACGGAUUCACUCUUACAAUUCCAAUACCGCGCGAUAGGAUUCGUCAAAGACAGGAUACACGCAGAGGGACGCACAUCUUGCUUCUUAAAAGUUUGUGAAGUGCAUUAAGUAGGGAAGUCAAACGUGUAAUUUCUUCCUAAACCUAAGGAAAAUGAAAAACGCCACAUUGCAAUUUGUGCGAAAGUUGUAAUCACGUAAUUUCCCUUAGUACAAAGUGAUGAGAUCUUAUUGGAGAACGUAAAAAUAAUUCGAAGGAAAAGAGCGAAAAUACUGAUAUUUAUUUAACACAUUCACCGUCAUGAUGGUCAUGAUAUGAUCGGCACACUAAUCUGCGUUUAAAUAUUUAUUCCGAAAAACGCGAAAAACGAAAUUGAAAGAUACACGAAAAUAAAAUACAUAUGAGGUAAGCAUACUCCUGCCAAAUAAACGUAUUUAAGAAAUAAAUGAAAAGCAUAUAUAAAAUAAUUUGAUUUAUACUUUUCUUUCUUCAUCCUCGUCCAAAGGCCACGCUUGUAUAAAAAUAGAGUAAACUGAAUUGAAAAA